AUUAUGGGCAAUAAGACUGCAGUGAGGUUUUAAAACUCAGCACAUGCUGCAGGCAGCGUCACUGCAUGAGGAACCUGUCGAGAUGAGGUGGUGCGUCGCUGGUGUCUUGGUGGUGCUGCAGCUCUGCAGCCCGGCGGUGCUGUCCGCCUCGCUGCUCUACGUCUCCAAGGUGCAGGACGGCAAGAACAACCCAGCACCAUGGCUGAACCCCACACUGGGAGACGUUGUCCCCUCCCGUGAACUCACCAAGCCUCCUCAAAUCAGAGAGAUCCCAGAAACUGAGACCUCCUCACAUUCCUCACCCAUGUUUGGUGAACACGCCAACCUCAAGUGGGUGACGUGGAGCGGCUCCCUCCCAAACGGCGCCGUCGCUAUCUUCAACGGCUACACCGAACGCACCGACUACGUGUGCAAAGUCAACUGCGAGUCUGGCUUCUACACUCCCAGCAAAGGGAACUUCUGCCAGUACGCGUACGCUGACAAAGAGUACGCAUCCUCCAAGUUUGAAAUGCUGGUCAACGUUGACCACUUUGAGUUCCUGCAAUGGGUUGAAGAUUCGUACGGGUCGGUCCCCAGCUACGCCAUCAAAACCUGUCCCAACUCCGACAUAUAUGUGGGCAAAAACAAGUACGGUCUUGGCAAAGUGGUGACCCAACACGAGGCCUUCUUCCUUCCCUGGGAGGGCAGUGAGUACUGGUACAAGAAAUACCAGGUUCUCGCUAUCAACAGAGACAGCUACAGCCAGCACAUCUCUCACGUGGAGUAUCUCAUCGACCAGAUGGAGCUGUUCCACCAUCCUCCGGAGGCCCUGAAGCUCACCAAAGUCACCAACCUCGAGUGCACAUCUGUGGCGAAGACUGUGAACCUGGAGAAGACUAGUUCGGUGGCAAAGACCUGGGACAUUGGCAGAGAGACGCGCAACGGCACCAUCUCCACCAUGAAGGCCAAAGUGCCCAUCCUCGGCCCGGGGACCGUGGACUACACCAAGGAGCAGACGGUGACCUUCUCAGAGGGAACCAGCAUAGUGGAGUCCAUCAGUCACUCCGUCUCCGUGGAGCUGGUGGUCCCGCCCAACCACUCCUGCACCGUGAGGAUGGACGGCAGGAAGAUGACGGCAGACAUCCCCUACACUGGCAGGCUGAGCAGGACCAACCACAACGGAGAAACCCACUGGACGUACAUCACAGGCACGUACGACGGCGUGAGCGUGGGCGAGAUCAGCGCCGUGGUGGAGAGGUGUCAGCCGGUGACAGACGCUGUUCCCUGCUCCCCAACCCAAGGCUGAUUAUCAGUCAAAAGGCAAAUGUUGAAAAAGUUGAGAAAAACUCUGUUUUCCAAAUAAA